AUGGGUCCUCCAAUGUGUCCUCCAAUGGGUCCUCCAAUGGGUCCACCAAUGGGUCCCCCAAUGGGUCCCCCAAUGGGUCCUCCAAUGGGUCCUCCAAUUGGUCCUCCAAUGGGUCCUCCAAUGGGUCCUCCAAUGGGUCCUCCAAUGGGUCCCCCAAUGGGUCCUCCUAUUGGCAACCCAAUGGGCGGCCCAAUGGGCAACCCAAUAGGAAACACUAUGGGCAACCCGAUGGUAAAUCAGAUGGCAAUGGGUAACACUAUGAGCAACCGAAUGGGCAACACGAUGGUAAAUCAGAUGACCAAUGCAAUGGGUAAUCCCAUGAAUAAUCCAAUGGCGAUGGGCAAUCCGAUGUCCAACAUGCAUGCCAUGCCGCCCGACAUGAUGGGCAACUACUGUCCAAUGGGGCGAGACGUGGGCAUGAUGAAUCCGGCUAUGAUACUACCCUAUGGCCCUUAUAAGAAUCCACACGAGCCCUUCCACCCCAUGGAGAUGCAGGAUGCCAUGAAUAUGAGCAUGCAGAUGAACAUGGGCAUGAAUGAGAACUACAAUGGACCCAUUGCGGGUAUUCCGUUUGAUGAUUGUAACCCGAUGCUCCAUCCCAAUGUCUACAUGGCCAACGAUUUGAUGGGCACGCCACCGAACGAUGGCAACAUGAAUGAGUGCCUUAAUGAGACCUACAAUCCGGUUGAUCAUCGCAAGGAGACUAACAUCCAUCACGAUGUAACAGCUGGUGAAUGUGAAUCAAUCAACAAGCUCGCCGCUGGUGGAAAAUCAAAACUAAAUUAG